AUGGCACUCUGUUUGCGUUACAAGGAAUGUCGAACAAACUUGGCUAUUGAUGUGAGUUCUGGGACGACGAAUGACACGUUGUCUCGGAGAACAAGGAAUGAUGACGAUGACCCAGCAGAGUUUCUGAGAGAUAUCCCAGCAGACCUUGAGGAAGGGGAGGUUGAUGACAAUGAAGAUGAUGAUGAGGAGGAGGAGGCAGCACGUUCCGGCGGAAAAGUCUGCCAUGGAUGCCAUUUGGUGAGAGGGAAGAUGGACCAUGAAAUGGAAGAUUAUGUAGUGGCAGAGAACAGGAAAGUGGAUGGCUAUGAGCUCGGAUUGUAUGCAAUCUUUGAUGGCCAUUCGGGCCGCAACGUAGCCAAAUAUCUGCAGGCUCAUCUCUUUGACAAUAUCUUGAAUGAGCCCGACUUCUGGAGGAACCCGAAGAGUGCCAUCAGGAGAGCGUACAAGACCACGGACCAAGAGAUUCUUGAACACGUUGUGGGCCGAAGUGGUGGAUCAACCGCAGUCACAGCCAUACUAAUUGAUGGGAAGACGUUGGUUGUGGCGAAUGUGGGUGAUUCGAGGGCGGUUCUGUGCAGGAAUGGCAUGGCGACUCAGGUGUCUGUUGAUCACGAGCCCGAGAAAGAGAGAGGCCUUGUUGAGAGCAAAGGAGGGUUUGUUGUCGAGAUGCCUGGUAUGCACAUUAGUAUUAACAAUCUUGCAGGGAAUGUGCCUCGGGUGGAUGGGCAGUUGGCAAUGUCUAGGGCUUUUGGAGAUGCAAGGCUGAAGGAUCACAUCUCUUCAGAGCCCGAUCUAAAGAUUGUUACCAUUGAUCGUGAUGACACGGACUCCAUCAUUCUGGCCAGUGAUGGCCUCUGGAAGGUUAUGUCGAACCAGGACGCAUGCGACUGCAUCAGAGGUGUGGAGGAUCCAAAGGAAGCAGCUAAGACUUUGAUUGCAGAAGCUUUAGCAAGAGGCAGCAAAGAUGAUAUUUCAUGCAUUGUUGUGAUGAUCGACUAGCUCUGCAAAGCUGCAUGAUCGCUGUUCUUGAGCUCCUGAUAGCCAGCGGACAAGCUUCAACUCCCCUGCAACAAACUUGGUGUAGAUAUGGAACGAGAAUCUUGUUGUUCGAUAAAUAAAAGAUGCAUAGAAGUAUCAGAGUGUUUAG